UUAACUGGAGAUCAGAGCGGAGAGGUGAAGGGGAAACACCCUGCCGUGGGAAAACCUGCGAGAGAGAGGAUCUCAAGGACAUCCUGUGUGUGAUGGACAGUGAUUCCAGGAGUACCCCACACUACACACAGGAUAUAUAAACCUGAAGACACCCCUGAUCAACCUGCUGGAGCACAAUGCCCCCAUUUCACCUCUGGGGAACCAUUUAAAAGUCCGUGGGUUUGGGUAUAAACCAUCCACUCAGUAAUCGCUGUUGUCACCCACUGUGUGAUCCCUGCCUCCAUGGCGACUCCGGCAGACCAGCUGGCGAAUGCAGCGGCUCGUGGCGACCUCCAGCUGGCGAGUGAAAUGCUGGAGCAGGGAGCUGACCCUAAUGCCCCUAACUCAUUGGGAAGGACCCCCAUCCAGGUGAUGAUGAUGGGCUGCACCAAAAUGGCUGAGCUCUUAAUACGUUAUGGUGCCAACCCUUCUAUCCAAGAUCCGGACACUGGCACAAGCCCAGCUCACGAUGCCGCCAGAGAAGGAUUUGUAGACACUCUUAUAGUCUUGUACAAAGCUGGUGCCAGUAUCAUUGAACCCCUUGACAAGUAUGGGAAGCGCCCCAUAGACCUGGUCACAGAACAGAUGAUGGAGGUGCUGAGACAGGAGCAGAUUUUGGACUGAUUUUGGACUGAUUCUACUAAUAGAUUUACUAUUCUGUUUCAGAUGACCUGUGAGUGUACUGUACUGCAUAUCUUGCACAUGUAAAUAGGACAUGAUAUUGUAAAAAUUUGUAUGUGAUUCCUUUAUUUACUAUUAUCGUCUAUAUAGAGGCAUCCCAGGUGUCAGA